AUGGAAAUGGCGGCGGCUGUGCUUGGUGUAUUCUUGGCUAUAUUAGCUGUUACUGCAGCUUUGCCAGAAGACCAUGAACUAAUGAAGGUAGACCCUGGUCCUCGGUACCAGUAUAUGUCAAGCCCGGAAGGAACUGAGCUGGUGGACCUUGCGUGGAAGCCGAGCGAUCUGUUAGAAGCUGCCAAGUUCAACGCUGAAACCCAGGUGUUCUUCCAUCUUUUCACCAGGGCUAAUCCUACAGUAAGUCAGCCAUUACUCCUAGGAGUACCACACAUCCUGGCUGCUUCCAAUUUCGAUCCUUCGAAGAAGACGGUUGUCAUAGCCCACGGAUGGAGAAACACACCACUGCACGAUUUUAAUGUUUAUCUAGUUCAUGCUUACCUACAGGCCGAGGACAUAAACAUGAUCAUGGUGGAUUGGAGCAUAGGAGCCGGCGCCUUAUACAUCGUGGCCAUUGCCAAUAACAUCCGAACAGGUGAACAGGUUGCGAAAUUCAUCACCUGGUUGAAUUCCGAAACUGGAGCGUCCCUGGACAACUACCACCUCAUCGGGCACAGUCUAGGUGGACAUCAAGUUGGAAUUAUUGGACGGAACUUGGGCGGAGAGAUCCCUUAUAUCACUUCCCUGGACCCUGCGAUGCCCGGUUGGAUUGUCAACCCAUCAGGCUUCAAGUCUACCGAUGGUAAAUACACGGAGGUGAUUCAUACUGACCUUGGGUAUGCUGGUCGCGUCCAACCGCUGGGUGACGUGGACUUCUAUCCGAACCAGGGAUUCAAUAUGCCUGGAUGUGAUACUAAACACUGCAGCCACCACAAGUGUAUCUUCUACAUGGCUGAAUCUCUAAUAAGAGGUGGUUUCACUGGACAGCGAUGUGACUCCUUGUGGCAAGCCCUCACUGGACGCUGUGCAUCAUCAGACACUCUGCCGAUGGGAGGCACCACCGCUAAACCUGGAGCUACCGGGAUAUACUACUUGACGACAAAUGCUCAACCACCAUUCUCACAAGGCUAA